CCGCGGGCGGAACAGAUGAAGCACAGCUGGACAGCUGUGCUGAGAAGCUGUGCGGCCCCCUUGCGGGCCGACGUCAGCCGAGCACGUCCCCCACGUCCUCUCCUCGCCACUUAUUAUUUAUUCGUUUUCCCAAAGAAGCAACCCAAGUUUAAAACUUUUUCCACCCCUAAUGCGAGACGUGGCCAGAUCCCAUCCAACACCCGGUUCAAUUUUCAUGGGGCUCUGGGAUCAAAAGAACAGAAACAGCAACAACAAAAGCCCAGCCGCUGUCUGACUUUAAACUGGCAAAGUGGGAAAAAUAAAGUGUUGAGUAAACAGACCAAGUUGGAAACUUUUCAGCAUUACCUAAGAAACAAAGGCUCAAUUUUGGCUGCUUCACUCUUAUCCCUUCUGCCACGGUUCUAACGUGCUUGAUCUGCUGAGACCAAGGAUGAUCAAUGACUCAGAAGGCAAAAUGGGAUUUAAACACCCAAAGAUCAUGGGGAAUUUCAGAGGUCAUGCCCUCCCUGGAACCUUCUUUUUUAUCAUGGGUCUUUGGUGGUGUACAAUGAGUACUCUGAAGUAUAUCUUCAAAAAGCAAAAGCGCACCUGCUACCUUGGUUCCAAAACAUUAUUCUGUCGAUUGGAAAUUUUGGAGGGAAUUAUAAUAGUUGGCAUGGCUUUAACUGGCAUGGCUGGGGAGCAGUUUAUUCCUGGAGGGCCCUAUCUGAUGUUAUAUGACUAUAAACAGGGCCACUGGAACCAACUCCUAGGCUGGCAUCAUUUCACCAUGUAUUUCUUCUUUGGGCUGUUUGGUGUGGCAAACAUAAUAUGUUUCACCAUCAGUUCACUUCCUGUUUCCUUAACCAAGUUAAUGUUGUCAAAUGCCUUAUUUGUGGAGGCUUUUAUCUUCUACAACCACACUCAUGGCCGGGAAAUACUGGACAUCUUUGUGCACCAGCUGCUGGUUUUGGUCGUCUUUCUGACAGGCCUCAUUGCCUUUCUAGAGUUCCUUGUUCGGAACAAUGUACUUCUGGAGCUACUGCGGUCAAGCCUCAUUCUGCUUCAGGGGAGCUGGUUCUUUCAGAUUGGAUUUGUCCUGUAUCCCCCCAGUGGAGGUCCUGCAUGGGAUCUGGUGGAUCAUGAAAAUAUUUUGUUUCUUACCAUAUGCUUUUGUUGGCAUUAUGCAGUAACCAUUGUCAUCGUUGGAAUGAAUUAUGCUUUCAUCACCUGGUUGGUUAAAUCUAGACUUAAGAGGCUCUGCUCCUCAGAAGUUGGACUUCUGAAAAAUGCUGAACGAGAACAAGAAUCAGAAGAAGAAAUGUGACUUUGAUGAGCUUCCAGUUUUUCUAGAUAAACCUUUUCUUUUUUUACAUUGUCUUUGUUCUUGGUUUUGUUUCUUGAUCUUUUUGUUGGAGAACAGCUGGCUAAGGAUGACUCUCAGUGUACUGUUUGCAUUUCCAAUUUGGUUAAAGUAUUUGAAUUUAAAUAUUUUAUUUUUAGCUUUGAAAAUAUUUUGAGUGAUACUUUCAUUUUUGCACAUCAUGCAUAUCAUGGUAUUCAGGGGCUAGAGUGACUUUUUUCCAGAUUAUCUAAAGUUGGAUGCCCACGCUAUAAAAAAAAAUUUGUUUUAUUUGCCUUAUAGAUAUGCUCAAGGUUACUGGGCUUACUACUAUUUGUAACUCCUUGACCAUGGAAUUACACUUGUUUAUCUUGUUGCUGCAAUGACAAAUAAAUGAAUGUACGUAUUUUGGUGCAGACACCUGAAA